AUGUCAGCAUCGAUGGUCGCGACCUGGAUGGUUAACACUUUUCCUUCCAUCAAGGUCGGGCUCAUGGUUGGUAUUGGCGGUGGUAUUCCGCCCAAGGUUAGACUCGGGGAUGUUGUGGUUAGUGUGCCCGUUGACCAGUUUCCUGGAGUUGUCCAGUGGGAUAUGGGCAAGGCGGAGGGUGGUGGCACCUUCAAAAGGACUGGUGCCCUGAAUAAUCCCCCGAGCGCGCUGCUGACAGCGCUGACAAAACUGGAGACUCAGCAUGAGAUGCAUGGCUCUAAGAUACAUGAUUAUCUUGAUGAUUUGGGAGAGAAAUAUCCCAAUCUAAGGUCAAAGUAUACUUGGUCCGAUGCCCUCAAGGACCCGCUAUUCACCCCCGAGAGUUCUCAUCGUCCUCGGAGCAGAUGGCAAGGCAUACUUUUUCAACUUUUGGAGAUAAUCUGGGCUCUACUCAGCUGCCUCUUAGGCUGGUGGGUGUUUGCUCCUAUAGAUCGUGGCGCGGAGCAGGUUGCAAGCAGAGCACAUGAUGAGUUAGUCAGGACUCGGGGCAGACCUGGGAAUACACGCGUGCAUUAUGGUCUGAUCGCAUCUGGUAACCAGGUGGUCAAGGACGCUGAGCUUCGUGACAGCCUUGACGAGAGUCUCGGCGGAGAUGUGUUGUGUAUUGAAAUGGAGGCGGCCGGGCUCAUGAAUGGUUUCCCAUGUGUUGUUAUACGGGGUAUCUGUGAUUAUGCCGACUCGCAAAAGAGCAAAGACUGGCAGGAAUAUGCUGCAGCCGUCGCUGCGGCGUACGCGAAGGAACUUCUUGAAUAUGUGCAGACGAGUGAUGUUGACGGACAGCGGCCAGUGAAGGACAUUCUAGGCAAGGUUCUUGACACUUUGCAGAGAACUGAGGCCAAUAUUGAAACAUUGAGGUCUAAGUUGGAUAGAAAAGAAGACCUUGAGGUCCUCAAUUGGCUAACGCCGGUCGAUUAUGGUCCUCAGCAUAGUGACUUCUUGAAAAGACGGCAAUCAGGAACUGGCCGAUGGUUUUUAGAGUCUGCUGAGUACCAGACUUGGCUAAGCGCGAAAAAUCAGACGUUAUUCUGUCCAGGUAUUCCUGGGGCAGGGAAAACAAUUCUGACUGCAACAGUUAUUGACGACCUCACUACACGGUUCCUGGAUGAUCAAUCCAUUGGGAUUGCGUACAUUUACUUCAACUUCCGCCGGCAAAACGAGCAGAAGGUCGAAGACUUACUUGCGAGUCUACUAAAGCAGCUGAGUCAGGAGCAGCCUGCCCUACCAGAUAGUGUGGGCACUCUUUACAAGAAGCAUAAAGACAAAGGGACUCGAUCAUCACUUGACGAAAUUUCAGAAGCUCUUCGGUCCGUCGCAGCUAAAUAUUCGAGGGCAUACAUUUUCAUUGACGCUCUUGAUGAAUGUGAAGUAUAUGGUCGCCGAACGAAAUUCUUAGCAGAGAUAUUCGACCUCCAGGCAAAAUGCGCUGUAAACGUCUUUGCCACUUCCAGAUUCAUCCCGCAAAUAACCGAGAGAUUCAAAUGCAGCAUGACAUUGGAAAUCCGUGCAUGUGAUGAAGAUGUGCGAAAAUACUUAAAAGAUCGGAUAUUACAGUCGGAAUCGGCCAUUUUGGUCCCAGUCAGCGAAGAAAUCCAAAGCGGCAUCAUAAACGCCGUAGAUGGGAUGUUUCUCCUAGCACAGCUUCACUUUGACUCAAUAAAAUCGAAAAAAUCAAUGAAAAAGGUCAGGGAAGCUAUAAAGCACCUUCCAAAGGGGGCCGAAGCAUACAAUCAUGCAUACAAGGAUGCUAUGCAGCGAAUUGAAGGGCAUGAUGUAGAUUCUCAGAAUCUUGCAAAGGAUGUCUUAUCGUGGAUCGUCUGCGCAAAGAGACCGCUCAAUACAUCGGAACUUCAGCAUGCUCUUGCUGUGGAAGCUGGCAAGUCUGAACUUGAUGAAGAUAACCUUCCACUAAUUGAGGACAUGGUCAGUGUUUGUGCUGGAUUGGUUACAGUCGACGAAGAAAGCAGCAUUAUCCGAUUAGUUCAUUAUACUACUCAAGAAUAUUUCCAGCAAACACAGAAACUCUGGUUUCCAUAUGCAGAGGAUAAUAUCACGGAAAUUUGCGCUUCUUAUCUCUCAUUUCAUGCUUUCGAAAGUGGGCCUUGUCAUUCAUCUAAUGAGUUUCAGCAUAGGCUAGACCUAUACAAGCUCUACGACUACUCUGCAAAGAACUGGGGACAUCAUGCUCGCAAGGCCUCCAUUUCAUGCCCAGAACUCAUCAGGUUUCUAAAAUGCAAGACGAAGCUAGAGGCGUCAAUUCAGGCACUAAGGAAUGAGUGGGAGUAUUCAUCUCCUCGGAUAAAAGUGCAGAUGACAGGGCUGCACUUGGCGGCCUACUUUGGCCUGGAGGGAGCGGUUAAUACUCUCCUGUCUGAGGAGGUCGCAACAACCGUACAGACCACUGAUGGUCAAGCACUGCCAGAUGCUAGGCUGGACUUAAAGGACGGUGUUCAGUGUACACCGCUAUCAUGGGCCGCAGAGAAUGGGCACGAAGCAGUGGUCAAGCAGUUACUUGACAAGGGCGCUGACCCAGACUUAGAGGACCUUUUUCAGCGUACGCCGCUGUCAUGGGCCGCAGAGAAUGGGCAUGAAGCAGUGGUCAAGCUGUUACUUGACAAGGGUGCUGAUAUAGACACAAUAUCCCUGGAUGGUCUAACACCAUUGUCAUGGGCCGCAAGAUACAGGCAUGAAGCAGUGGUCAAGCAGUUACUUGAGAAGGGUGCUGACCCAGACCUAAAGGGUAGAAAUGGCCGAACACCACUGUCAUGGGCCGCAAAGAAUGGGCAUGAAGCAGUAGUCAAGCAGUUACUUGAUAAGGGCGCUGAUAUAGACACAAGGGAUGAGGAUGGUCAAACACCACUGUCAUGGGCUGCAGAGAAUGGGCAUGAAGUAGUAGUCAAGCAGUUACUUGAUAAGGGCGCCAGCCCAGACCUAAGGGACAGAUAUGGCCGAACACCACUGUUAAGGGCUGCAAGAAAAAGGCAUGAAGUAGUGGUCAAGCAGUUACUCGAUAAGGGAGCUGACAUAGACACAAGGGAUAAGAUUGGCCAAACACCACUGUCAUGGGCUGCAAGAUACAGGCAUGAAGCAGUGGUCAAGCAGUUACUUGAGAGGGGUGCUGACCCAGACCUAAUGGACGAUUAUGGUCAGACACCACUGUCACGGGCCGCAGAGAAUGGGCAUGAAGCAGUGGUCAAGCAGUUACUUGAGAAGGGUGCUGACCCAACGACAACUAUAGCUUCUACCGGGAUUUGUGUGGUUUAG